AUGGUUUCAACUAUCCAAUCCUUCUUUCUCCUCUCUCUUCUCGUCGUGGCACUUUCGGCGGCUCCCAGGAAGAGUCCACCACCGCCAGUAAUCAAUUUGUCAACACCUUCUGGAGAAGAGUUCAGAACUGAUGCUCCUCCAAAACCAACUGGAGAAUUUGGGUUCGAGACCUCAGAAUCUCCAGAAGAAUUUGUGACGGGACCACAGAGUUUCAGAAAGGAGGAUCAUUCCCGUCCACCACACAUUCUUGCAACUGGAGAGCCAUCUCAAGGACGUUCUCGCCCACCACACGGACUUUCGUCCGAUAGAACACCAUUCGGAGGAGAUAAUACUCGCCCACCAUUCGAAUUUUUCACUGGAGAGACAUCUUUCGCAGGACGCUCCCGACCACCACAUAAACUCUCAUCUGAUCAACCACCAUUCGGAGGAGAUAACACUCGCCCACCAUUUGAGUUUGUCACCGGUGAGCCAGGUUUCGAAGGACGCUCCCGACCACCACUAGGAUUCUCAUCUGAUCAACCGCCAUUCGGAGUAGAUAACACUCGCCCACCAUUUAAUUUUGCAACUGGGGAGCCGCUUUUCGAGGGACGCUCUCGCCCACCAUUUGGAGGUGAUAACACCCGUCCACCAUUUGAAUUUGUCACUGGAGAGCCAUCUUUCAAAGGACGCUCCCAUCCCCAACAAGGACUCUCAUCUGAUCAACCACCAUUCGGAGGUGAUAAUACCCGUCCACCAUUUAAAUUUGUCACUGGAGAGACAUCUUUUGAGGGACGCUCUAGACCACCACAUGGACUUUCAUCUGAUAGACCGCUGUUCGGAGGAGAUAACACUCGCCCACCAUUUGAUUUGGUCACUGGAGAUUCAUUUAUCGAGGGACGCUCCCGACCACCCCAUGGACUUUCCUCUGAUCAACCGUCAUUCGGAGGAGUCUUUGAGGCAACCACUGACAGCAAUUAA